UUUAGUAUUUGGUUUCCUUCAUGUCGUAUUCAAACUUGAAAAGUCAAAAGUUUGAAGUUAUUGCUUUUUUUCUUCGGAUACGCAAAAUACAAAUCCCACAAAAUUCACAAACAAAGCUUGCUCUCUGUCUCCAAUGGCGAAAACAGAGCUCCAUUUGUUCUUCUUUCCCUUCAUGUCACCUGGCCACCUAAUUCCCAUGGUUGACAUCGCCAGACUUGUUGCAGCUCACGGUGUUAAGGUCUCCAUAGCCACGACUCCUCGAAACAUCUCUCGCUUCCAGAAUAUCUUUAUUCGUGACCAGGACGACUCUGAUCUCCAUAUUAAUAUCCACAAACUUGAAUUCCCAUUCUCCGAAGCAAAUCUACCUGAAACCUGUGAAAGUCUCGACAGCCUUCCGACGAGACUCCAUUCUUAUAACUUCAGUAAAGCUACUAUGAUGCUCCAACCUCAAGGCGAUGAACUUGUUCGUCAACACCGCCCCGACGCCAUUGUUUCAGAUAUGAACCUCCCUUGGACUGCCGACGUAGCAGACAAGUAUGGUAUUCCUCGUAUUAUAUUCCAUGGUACUUGUUGUUUCUCUCUUUCUGUCUCAGCCGUCUCUGCUCAACACAACCCAAAUGCAAAUAAUACCAACUCUGUUUCUUAUACCCAACCUUUCUUGCUACCUGGUUUGCCCGACCCUGUUUACGUCACAAAGUCUCAGAUGCCUGGGAGGUUUUUCGGCAACACGGGUCUAGAGGAGUUCUUUGCCAAAUUCAUUGAUGCAGAGACGAAGACAUACGGCACCGUUGCAAAUACCUUCUGUGAGCUCGAACCAAAAUAUGUCGAUUGCUAUGCAAAAAUUACUGGGAAGAAGGUUUGGCCUGUUGGACCAGUUUCAUUGUUUAACACCAAAACGAAUGAUAUAGCAGAGAGAGGAAACAGAGCUUCCAUUGAUAAAGAUCUGUGUCUAUCGUGGCUGGAUUCCAAGAAACCAAAUUCGGUGCUUUAUAUCUGUUUUGGUAGUCUCUGUGUUUUUGCAAGGUCUCAGUUUUUGGAACUUGGGUUUGGUCUGGAAGCUUCAAAAAGCUCCUUCAUUUGGGUGAUCAAGGAUAAUAAUGCAAAUGAACCUGUGGUUUUGCCUGAAGGUUUUGAAGAGAGAGUUAAAGACAGAGGCCUAAUCAUAAGAGGUUGGGCUCCACAGGUUCUGAUUCUCAAUCACCCCGCCGUUGGUGGGUUCAUGACUCACUGCGGCUGGAACUCGGUGCUGGAAUCGGUCACGGCCGGCGUGCCUUUGAUCACUUGGCCUCUCUUUGGUGAGCAAUUUUUCAACGAAAACUUUGUGCUGAACCAGCUUGGAAUUGGAGUUGGAAUUGGUGUUCACAGUGGUUUGGCAUGGGGAGAGGAAGAGAGGAUUGGCGCAUUGGUGAAGAGGGACCGAGUUGAGGAAACUGUGAAUCGAUUAAUGGGUGGGGAUGAAUCGGUAGAAGGAAUGAGAAAACGAGCGAGUCAACUGGGUGAAUUAGCAAAAGCAGCUGUAGGCAAAGGCGGCUCAUCAAACAUCAAUAUUGGUAGGCUAUUAGAGGAUCUCUUCAGCCUAAAGAAAGAAAGAUUGGAGACAGAGGUUCAGAAAUAGUUGGUCUUUUAAACCAAUUUUUUCAGAUUUUUAUAAUUUAGCACGUUCAAUUUACUAAAAUACCAUAAUAUUUAUUCCAUAGUCCAAUAAAACUUUAUUACAAUUAUAUCAUAGAUAAGCUGAUAUUAAAGUACUACUACCACCCUACUGAUAACUAUUGAAGUCCAUCAAGGACAAUUAUUCUUAGGCUAAUAAACUACUACUACUACUACCGCUAAUGAUUAUUAUUGAAUUCCAUGAAGAACAAUUACUCUUAGCUUGCUUCCUAAUCAUGGUAUUUAUAAAGUUCCACUUCCAACUCAAUUUGAGGCAAUUAAGUUGGUGAUCAACGAGGAGAACUAGGAGUGAUGCUGACAUUAACUUGAGCACCUUCGCAGACGUAAUAAUCAGAAAGAGGAAAAUCAUCUUCCAUGUGAGAGCCGCAGCGGUGAAGAACAAUCUUCUCCAUUGGGAUUCCCCAAGUCAUUGAGAGUUUGCUUCUGAGACUUUCAACGGUAUCAGUUUCCCUGAUACUGAUAGCCUCAACAUCCCUGUUUCGUGCCUUGCAGAGAACCGUGACUUUGGCAUUUUCAGUACAGGUUUUGCCUCUCCGGCUCCACAUUUACGGCAUUCCGAAUCUUCUCCUUCACUUGCUGAAAUGUCAUUGGACCAAUUGCGUCUACUUCGAAUGGAAUUUUGGAUCCAGUGAUCCAGAGUUUUAUUAUCGAGGCCGCCAUAAUUGAUAUCAGAAAAAAAAAACACUCAACUCAAUCGAUUUUUUUUGUUUUUUUUAAAUGUUUUUAUGGAAUUGUUGAUGUUUAAACUUCUGGUUCAUUGGGUUUAUAUAUUGAAAAUUCAUGCUAGAUGUGUCUUUCAAUUUGUUCA